AUGGGUAAUAUUACGUACCUUAAAGGUAACAUCCUUGCAGAAAAGGAGUACCCUCGUAUUCUGCUUCAUUCAUGUAAUUGUAGUGGCUCUUGGGGUGGUGGUAUCGCAUAUCAACUUGCAUGUCGUUUUCCAGAGGCAGAAAAGAAAUAUGUUGAGCUGUGUGAAAAUAACAGGACUGGUUUACUAGGGAAAUGCAGAAUCAUAAUGAGUAGUAGAAAUAGUAACUUACUUAUUGGAUGUCUCUUCACCGCCCCGAUGGGCGGUUGUGACCAGAACGACGAAACUAUUUUAAGAUAUACAAGGAAUGCAUUAAAAGAUUUAGCACGACAGAUUAAAGACCAAGAAAGUUUGGCGGACUACAAACUGGAAAUGCCAAAGAUUAAUAGUGGCAUAUUUGGUGUUCCUUGGGAGCAGACUGAAAGCAUUCUGCAUGAAUUCGCAGAACAGUUUACGGUAUAUGUACUUUAA